AACAUUGGCAGCGCAGCGCGCAGUUGGAACAACGGCAAAACGCUCAAAACCAAAAACCACUUGGAGUACAAUCCAAACAGCUUAACGCGAAGCAAAAGCAAACAGCAGACGACGACGAGGAGUAGCGGUGACGAAACAUUUUCGAACAUCGUAGCUGGUAGUAACGGCAAACGCUAGCGCACCGAGUUGACGCGAUUGUUAAACGCGCGAGUGUACGCAACUUCAGUACAAUUUGGCAUUCGCUUGCGUUGAGUUCGUUUCUUCGUUUCUGUAGUGACGUUGCGCUCUAGAGUGUGUGUAAAGAAACAAAUAAAUAUUGAAAAGUUUGAAGAAAAAAGACGUAGAAAAUUCGCACAGAACGCCGCGCGUUGCUUACAAACGAAUUUAUUUUUUAAUAAAAGAAAAAUAAAUAAAAAUAUUUCUAAAAAAAAAGUGUGCAAAGUGCGCGUUGAAGCAAAAGAAAAUUCACUGAAAAUACUGCAACUUAUUGCCAAAGCGCACACAAAAAACACGAAAAGUGUGUCGCCGCCCCGACUUUUGACAAUUUUUGUGCGCUGUCAAAACGCUUAUUGGCAUUUGUACGCGUGUGUGUGUGUGUUAACGAGCGCCUAACAAGCAGCCAGCAAGUUUUGGCAAGUGUGUCAGCCGGAAAAUAUACAGAUAUCACAGGUGCACGUGCAAUAAAUGCAUAUUUCCUUGCCACAACCCGAAACGCAGCUGUAAAUUAACAAAAUUACUUUUUUAAUCCUAAAUAGGUUUAAUUUGCCGGCAAACAGCUUUUCGCGUCAUAAAAACCGAUAACACAACCAAAAAUAAAAGUAAAAAAAACUUGCAGUAAAAAUUACUAGUGUGAAAAGUGUUCAAAAAGUAGCAACACAACAACAACAAAAGUGAUUGAAAGCUGACGGCAGCUGACAGCAAAGUGUGGCUGCUAAACUCAAAUUGCUAAAUAAUAAAUAAAGCACAUUUUUUUUACAACACAAAUAAGUGAAUGCGGUGAAUUAGAACACACGCGCUGCGAAAUUAAUUGGAAGUAAAAAUUUACUAUAACAAAACUAUAACAAACAACAACAAAUUGCAGUUUUCCUGUUUGUAAAAAGUGUAAACGACACACAUUUUUUGGCGAAUUUUUGUGUUGUGCGCUUAUUUUUGAUAUUUACGAUAUUUGAAAAAAGUGAAGCCGGUCAGUGCGGCUAAAAAUAAAUCAGCACACACGCACUCAAAUAUAUAUAAGUAGACACUACAGCAUACACGCGAAACGUGCGCAGCGAAGUUAAAGGGACGCAGCAACAAGUUUACAAUUAUGGGGCAACACAAGCAACAGCAACAACAGCGGUGGCGCGUAAGCGGUUUACAUGCGUUUGCAGUUUUAUACCUCUGCUGUGCAAUAAUAGAUCUCACAUUAGCUGAAAUCGAACCAAAAUUGGAGAUUUUCCCCAUGCAAGGCGUGCAACGCAAACCAGUUGGUAAAUCACUGAUUUUAACCUGCAAACCCAUAGUGCCCGAUCCGAAUUUGGUAUCUGAUCUGCAAUGGAAGGACAAUUUGAACAAUACUAUACUGCCGAAACCGAACAAAUACUAUUAUCCACUGUAUGAUUCCAAAGGACGUAGAUUACCCGCUGUCACUGGCCGCAAUCAGCCACCGAUGUAUACGGAAACUUUGUCGGAAAGUUUGGCGCUGAUGAUCACCUCGCUGUCGGUCGAAAUGGAAGGCAAAUAUUAUUGCACCGCCUCCUAUGCAAAUACGGAAUUAAUGAAUACGAGCGUUAUAAUUAAAACUUAUGUCGCCAUAACGUGGACAAAUGCUCCGGAGAAUCAAUACCCCAUACUCGGUGAGGACUACACUGUCAAGUGUGAAGUGAAGGCCGAUCCCAAUCCAACCAUAGACUGGCUGCGCAACGGUGAUCCGAUUCGUACCGGUGAUAAAUAUGUAGUAGAAGCGCACGGUUUGCUCAUACGCAAUGUACAAGAAUCCGAUGAUGGCAUUUACACUUGCCGUGCGGCUGUAAUUGAAACUGGUGAACUGCUUGAACGCACCAUACGCGUUGAAGUCUACAUACGUCCAGUUAUUACGCACUUACCAACCACACUCGAGGCCGUUGAAGGUAAACCUUUUGCCGCGAAUUGUACCGCCACUGGCAAACCAGUACCAGAGAUUUCUUGGAUAAAGGACGCCGCUCAACAGAAUGUCGCCACCGCCGAUCGCUUCCAAGUGAACCCACAAACUGGCCUACUCACCAUUAAUUCAGUUUCACAAGACGAUUAUGGCACCUACACUUGCAUAGCCAAGAACGAUGCCGGCGUGGUAGAUAAGAAGACCAAAUUGAAUGUACUGGUGCGUCCACAAAUUUACGAGUUCUACAAUGUAACUGGUGUAAGUAAGAAGGAAAUUGCUAUCACUUGCCGCGCCAAAGGACGUCCGGCACCCGCUGUCACCUUCAGACGCUGGGGAACUGAGGAAGAAUACGCACCAGGUUUGCAAGCCGAUGAUGAACGCAUCUCUUUGGAGCAACAUUUUGAUGAGGAGCGCGGCGAAAGCACGGGAACGCUACGCAUUACAAGUACCACACGUAACGACGAUGGACUUUAUCAAUGUAUUGCGCGCAAUAAGGGCGACACCGCUUACAAAACCGGACACAUAACUGUAGAAUUUGCACCAGACUUUUCGCACAUGAAAGAUCUGCCACCGGUCUUCAGCUGGGAAGAACGUAAAGCCAAUCUCAGUUGUCUAGCGCAAGGCAUACCAAAUGCAACAAUCGAAUGGCGCUGGAAUGGACGCCCACUUAAGGAUGCUUAUGAUAAGAAUCUUGUCAUUAUCGGUACCGGGCCACGUAGCGAUUUAAUUGUGCAUCCUGUAGCACGCCAAUACUAUUCCGUUUACAAAUGCAUUGCCACUAAUGUACAUGGUAGCGCCGAGCAUGAUAUGCAAUUGAAAGAGGCGCGUGUGCCCGACCUAGUUGCCGCCGCGAUACCACGUCAGCUCACCGCAACAACAAUCACCUUUGAUAUACGCGGACCACCAACGGAACUAGGUUUACCCAUCACCGCCUAUAGCGUACAAUACAAAGAGGCUAUUAACCCAGAUUGGUCGACGGCACUGAAUCGUACCUGGUCACCAGAUUCUCCCUACAUCGUGGAAGGACUAAAGCCACAGACAGCUUAUCAAUUUCGCUUUGCGGCACGCAAUCAAGUCGGUUUGGGCAUGUGGGGCGUAAACCAACAGCAGUCGACACCCAGACGUUCAGCGCCCGAAGAACCCAAGCCACUGCAUUCGCCGGUGCAAAAUGACAAGGAAGAACCCGUUGUAGUGUCGCCGUACUCCGACCACUUUGAGUUGAGAUGGAGCGUGCCAGCUGACAAUGGUGAACCCAUCGAUUUCUAUCAAAUCAAAUACUGCCCAGGCGUAAAAAUGGCCGGCACUUGGCAUGAACUGGAAAACCAAUGCGUCUCACAGGAUGUCGUUGAGACCACAUCGUACGAGAUGUCGCGUCUAAGUGGCAACACCUACUAUCGCAUCGAAUUGCGUGCGCACAAUGUGAUCGGUUUCUCAUCACCAGCAUCGAUUGUUAUGAAGACGACACGAGGCAUCGAUGUCAUACAAAUAGCCGAACGGCAAGUGCUCUCCUCCGCCACCAUUGUGGGCAUAGCUGUGGGCGGCGUGUUGCUGUUGCUCUUCAUCAUCGAUCUGCUAUGCUGUGUAACGGUACGCAUGGGCGUAAUGGCUACCAUGUGCCGACGGGCGAAACGUUCGCCAUCCGAUAUCGACGAUGAGACCAAAUUGGGCAGUGGGCAGUUGGUUAAGGAACCUCCACCAUCACCGCUACCAUUACCGCCACCAGUUAAACUCGGUGGAUCACCUAUGACAUCGCCAUUAGACGAAAAGCAGCCUUUGCAGACACCAACUGGCAGCAUGAAGCAAAACUCCACCGUCGAAUUCGAUGGACAAUUCGUGCACUCGCGCAGCGGCGAAAUACUCGGCAAAAACUCAGCUGUGUGAAUGAAACUGGAAGUAUUCUAAGGACCAAAUGAAAUCACACAAAACAGACAAAUUAGCUGGAAACGUUAAAAUCGAGCAUUAACAUUUAUAAAACAAGAAACGGACUAGACAAAUGUGUUGGAGAACAAAAUUUGUUCAAGUGUACGUGUUAAAUGUCAAUGCAGAGUGGCGCUGUAACACUGGUGGCGAACAAAAUAAUAACUAUUACUUGAAUGGAUACGAACAAAUAUGACAAACAAAAAUGCAUAAACUACAACAGUUGUAAACAAUAUUAUUAAAUUAAAAAUAUGCUUCAUUUUAUAAAAAGAGAAAACAUUACAGCUUAUAUAUGUUUCCGCUAAAUAUAAUUACAACAAAUAGGCAUUUAUUUGUUAAACAACAGAAACUUAAAGCAUACGUAUUAUACAGUAAAUUACAUGCAAAAUAGCAAAAAUCGAUUCCAAGUGCAAAAAGCAACAAAAAUUCCACAAAACUUUAUUUCCUUAAAAAUAGUAUCUUUUUAUUAUUUUUAAAAUAUUUUUAAGCUAAUUUCUAAACACUUUAUGUAACACAUAUAAGCCCAAAAGCUCUAGUAUAUUCAUUAUAUUUUAAGUGUCUGCUUUACUUGACCUGCGUAACAGUUAAAUCCAUUCAUUUCUGCCUUAAAAAUAAUAUAAAAAAUCAUUUAGCAUUAAUAUAUGUUCUGUAAUUGGAAUGUAACCACAAAUAUUGAUAAUUAAUAGUAGUUAAGAAUAAUUUGCUGUUAUUAAGUGCUUAUGUAUGCAAAAACAAAGUGUGAACGGCACUCAUAUUUAAACUAAGAUUUAGUAUAUGUUAAAGAUUAACAAUUUUUUUAUUUUUUAUUAAA